UUUAUAGUACCAAGUUCACCCUUGAGCAAAGUUUAGUCCAUCUUUGUGAUCAAGGUGAAACAAUUACUUACCUCAUUCAUACACCCAAACAUUCUUUACUCUACACACAAAAGAAACAAAAAAUGGCUUCCUUUUCAGUUGGUGGUGCUCAUUCUAGCCACCGAACCCCCUCUCUCUUUCCUACACCCCCAACAAUAAGGAUGCUGAAGCAUCAUCCUGUUUUAAAUUGCACCCCAUUCUUCACCACUCCAUCUUUGUUUUCUCCAAAAAACUUGUCAUUGCGUUCCUCAAAUCACAGAGCCGGAAUAGCUUGCAUGUCCACAACCACAUCUCCAGUAGGCAAAGAUGAUCAAAAGCUAAUUAGUGGGCAACUGAAUGAGAAAGUGGUUCAAGCUUCAUCGUGGAUUGAUUACUUACCUAAAGAAAUUCAACCUUUCGCUAAGCUGGCUCGCGUGGACAAGCCCAUCGGUACUUGGUUUCUGAUUUUUCCCUUUGCAUGGUCAGCUACGUUGGCAGCAGCGAGUGGAAGUAUUCCGGAUUUCAGGAAUUUAGCUGUAUUUGCUUGUGCGGCUCCAUUUUUUAGGGGUGCUGCUUGUACCAUUAAUGAUUUCUUUGAUCGUGAUUUUGAUAAAAUGGUGGAGCGUACAAAAGAGAGACCGAUGGCAAGUGGGGCUGUCACACCAUUUCAAGGACUUUGUUUCUUUGCGUUUCAAUUGCUACUGAGUCAUGGAAUUUUCCUCCAACUCACCAACUAUAGUUGGAUCAUUGAGGCUGCGUUCAUCUUCCUAAGUUGUACCUAUCCUCUCAUGAAGAGACUGACAUACUGGGUGCAAGCUUAUUUAGGUUUGACAAUCAACUGGGGAGCAAUACUAGGGUGGUAUGCAGUUAAAGGAAGCUUGCAACCGUCGAUUGUACUCCCACUCUUCCUUUCUGGUUGUUUCUGGACUAUUCUGUACGAUACCAUUUAUGCUCAUCAGGAUAAAGAAGAUGACGUGAAAGUUGGCAUUAAAUCCACGGCCUUAAAAUUUGGUGAGUCAACAAAAGAGUGGAUCACUGGCUUUGCUAUUGCAAGCAUUGGCACCCUUGCUCUCACUGCAUACAAUGCUGCAUUAGGGCGGCCAUUUUAUGUGUUUUUAGCAGCUGCAUCUGGACAGUUAGCUUGGCAGAUAAGGACAGUUAACUUGUCAUCCGCAGCCGAUUGCAACCGAAAGUUUGUGUCCAACAAAUGGUUUGGUGUUCUAAUUUUGAGUGGGAUGUUAUUAGGAAGGGUCUUCUCUUGAAUUACUUGUGAACAGCGGUUAUUCCACUGGCACUCCUAUUUUAGCUGUUCAACACUAUAUAUAUUCAUGUUUUGUUGUUGGCCCAGAUCAAAAUCAAGUAUCUUCACCGCUGGCCAAUAAAAUUAUUUACUUAUUAUUUUAAGAAAUUCUUACAUUUUUUUGCCCAAACAAAACAUCAUUUCUUUCAUUAUGAUUCAAGUACAGCAAAACAGAGUAACAACACGUGUACAGCAAAAACCAAAGUAACAAAUGACACGAAAAACAAGAAAUAUCUUUACGUUUCACUUUUAUUAAAUUAAGGCUCCCUUUGUUUAGUGGAAAAUAAAUUACAUAGGAAAACCUUUUCUAAAGCACGGGUAAAUGAAAUGGCCUUUUACGGAAAGCGUCUUACUGAUUUUAUUUCUGUAAGACAUUUGUUCUUCUUCCUCUUUGUCCAUCAGCCUCCGCCUCUCCUCCUUAUCUCUGUUUCAUUGGCCUCACCUCCGAAUCCGAGUCUCGUCAUCUCCUCGUCCUUACCAAGUCUGCAUUUUGAAGAAGCCCCAAAAUCUAGCUUUCCAAUCCUAUCAAGCAUGUUUGACACUAAAAAGCUAGUUCAUCUAUCAUUUUUCGUUGUUUGAAGUCUGAACUUUUGGGGUAAAUAUGAAGAUUCUAACUGUGUAAAGUUUCAUGUCUCUUGAGGCGCCAUUGGCUCGCAUGCAGCUUGUGAUGUAUGCACUGUUGUAAGGCUUGAGUUAGUAUCUUCCAUCCCUUGCAGGCAAAAAAAGUUUGUUUCUACUAUACUGCAGUGAGAAGAAACCUGUAUAUUUUUGCCUUUGUACUUCCAUUCUGACAUGCACGCUCUGACAUGUUUGAUAGUUUCUGAUUAUGUUACCAUGUUAUAGACUGAUAAAGCUGUAAAUUUGCUUGUAGUAAUGUAAUGUAUCUAUGCAUGCAUGACAUGAUGUAGACCUUGCAGGGCCACUACAUUUAUUGUGCAUAUUAUGAUCUUUAAGCCUAAUGCUUUGCAUUCUUUGCUUUGAAA